AUGCAGCUGACAAAAAGCUUCGUCUGCCUUGCCCUCGCUGUCGUCCCAGUUUUAGCCGUUCCCACUGAUCCCACCGCCGCGCAACCCGGCCAACAGGCACCGGACGCGUUCGCCUGCAAGAACACUCAUGGCGACUUCUACAUCAGUGCCAAACAUGCAAAGGAUAAUAUCCGCGCGGCGCCUCCUGUAGCGGGAUCUACUGGAUUCCCCCACCCUUUCCCCAAUUAUGACGGGAUCGCUUUCCACAACACGCGAUGCAGGGACCGCCAUGUCAGUUUGCUGGAAUUCCCCGUCUACCCUGACGGUCACUUGUACCCCUUCGACAAGAAUCCCAAGCAUAACCCUGGCCCGGCCCGCGUCGUCUAUACCGCGCACAAAAAGGAGUUCUGCGGUAUCAUUGCCCACCCCGACGGAGAGAAGGGUCAUUAUGAGCUGUGCAACUAA